AUGAGUUCAGUGCAAUCCAUCCUGCGGUUAGGUGUUGACGUAGGAGGAACAAAUACCGAUGCAGUCCUCCUCGAUCUAUCAGAGGGUUCGCGUCGAGGGCAGGUUCUCGCAUCUGCAAAACGCCUCACUACAGCGGAUGUCACUCUCGGAAUCCAAAACGCCAUUGAGUCUGUGUUGACACAGGCCCAGAGCAAGUCGAACAUACAAGCGCUUUGCAUUGGCACGACACACUUUGUAAAUGCAUUAGUAGAAAGAGAUCCUCGGCGUUUGGACAGAGUCGCAGUCAUUCGCCUAUGCGGCCCUUUUACGCAUGGAACGCCACCAUUUGUAGGCUUUCCGCACGAGCUGCGAGAACUACUCGAAGGUCCCCACUUCCUGCUCUCAGGGGGCCUGCAAAUUGACGGAAGUGAGAUUGCUUCUAUUGUCGUUGCGCAAGUUGAAUCCGCCUGCGACGAAAUCAACCGCCAGGGCAUACACGCAGUUGUCGUGUCCUCGGUGUUUGCCCCCAUCGACUUUGAGAUCCAACAGGAAAAAACAGUCGCAGCGAUCGUGCGGAAGCGCCUUCCGGGAAUCGACAUCGUAUGUUCCAAGGAUGUUGCUGCCAUCGGGCUGCUGGAGCGCGAAAACGCGUCUAUCUUGAAUGCCGCGUUAUUGCGAUAUGCGAAGAAGACAGUGAUAGGUUUCGAGAAGGCAGCCCAGGCACUCGAGCUGAAGUGCCCCGUUUUCAUCACGAGCAAUGAUGGCACCUUGCUCAGCUGCCCACAGGCAGCGCGUCUUCCUAUUCGAACCUUUUCGUCCGGCCCAACGAAUUCUAUGCGCGGCGCUGCGUUCUUGGCCGCACUGGAGUCAGGCAUCUCAAAGCAAUCCGCACUAGUAGUUGAUAUCGGCGGCACAACGACGGACAUCGGAAUGUUGUUACCUAGUGGAUUCCCCCGCCAAGCCGCCGCUCAUCACGAGUUCUGUGGGGUUUUGCUGAACUUCUCCAUGCCGCAUGUUACCAGUAUUGGCCUUGGUGGGGGUUCCAUCAUCCGAAAGGACCCGAUCACAAAUAAGGUUACUGUUGGUCCUGAUUCGGUUGGCCAUCGGAUCGCCUCUGAAUCUCUAGUGUUUGGUGGCUCUACACUGACCGCUACCGAUGUGGUUGUUGCAGCAGGUCGCGCUUCAAACAUUGGAGACGAAAGUCUUGUGUCAGAAAUUAGUCAGUCGAUCAUCGAAGGCGCUCAAAGUGCUAUCAAGAAAAUGCUCCAAAAUUACCUUGAUGCCAUGAAAACGUCUUCCCAAGAUAUCCCAGUCUACCUGGUCGGCGGAGGGUCCAUCCUUGCUCCAGAUGUUCUUACGGGCAUCAGCCGGGUUCACAGAUUCCCCCACUUCGACGUCGCGAAUGCUGUUGGUGCUGCCAUUGCCCAGAUAUCAGGCAUCAUUGAUUCCUUCGAAGACACAUCCACAACACCCAUCGUACAAGUUCGCGCUGAUGUCGAAGCCAGGGCUAUCGCCCAAGCUAUUGCUUCCGGAGCAGAUCCGCACCGUGUCGCCAUAGUAGAGAGUGAGGUCAUUCCGAUCGCCUAUACCACUGGUCGUUGCCGUUUCUACGUCAAGGCCGCCGGAGACUGGAGCGGUCUCACUAGUCCAAGUUGGACGGAGGUCGAUGGUCCGCUGCGUCUUGAAGCUUCUACCGGGGAGACCGCCUCCCGGCCACAAAUGGUAGCAUCCGCCGCUGCCUCCGCUGCUGUGGCGCCGGUUAUGCGUACUGCGAGUGACAUCCUAGAGUAUGAGCCAAGGAUUGAAGGGAGAGAAUGGCUCUUGUCCGAGAUUGAUUUGGAGUGGAUUGCAGAUGGCUGCUAUGUAUUGGGAUGCGGCGGCGGCGGGUCCCCCCUGCAUACUUUCCUGGAACUCAGAGAGCUCGUUAGGUCAGGUGACACAGCACGAGUGAUUGACUUUUCGUCAGUUGCGUCCAAUGCACUGGUUGGAUGGGGUGGAUCCAUGGGUAGCCCAGAAGUGUCCUCUGAAAGACUACUUGGCAAUGAAUAUCAAGAAGCUAGCAUGGAGUUGUGGUCCCUGAUAGGGAUUGCGAAACCAGAAGCGCUUUGCGGGCUGGAGAUUGGGGGUGCCAACGGUAUGAUCAAUAUGAUUCUGGGAUCGACAAAAUACUCCGAUAUACCCUGCUUAGAUGGAGACUUCAUGGGCCGUGCAUACCCCACCUUUGAACAAACCACGGUCAAUGUCUACGAUGACAGUGGCACAGGAGCCAAGAUGCUCCCCAACGUCAUAUCCAGUGGAGAUGGGAGCAGCGUGAUUAUGAAAAAAGCCAAACGUGACAUCGAUAUUGAUGCCUGUUUACGAGCGGUAUGUGUUGUAAUGGGGACGCACGUGGGACUGGCCAGCUGCCCUUUGAAAGCCGACUACGUGGAUAGUGUCAUGAUUAAAAAUACAGUAUCAUUAAGCUGGCGCAUUGGACGAGCUAUUGCACUUGCUCGAAAACAAUCAAGUUUGUCUCAGAUUGGACCAAUUCUUGUUGACGCUGUAGGUGGCUCCAACUCUGCAAAAGUGUUGUUCAUGGGCAAAAUUAGUGAUGUGAGAAGGCGUCUCUUCAAGGGCCAUACGCUUGGAGAAGUAGUCAUCACCGCGCUGGCCGUGGAUGAUGUUGAUGAUGACGAUCCUAAUCGUCCCGUGGAGCGCUUCACCGGAACACUCACCAUUCCAUUCAAGAACGAGAAUCUUUAUGCAGAACAUACCGCGGAUGACGCAAUAACCACUAUGGUCGCAACUGUUCCCGAUCUAAUCGCUGUGCUCGAUGCUCAAAAUGGGUCUGCUCUCGGCACGCCCGAGUACAAAUAUGGGUUGCGGGUUCUCGUACUCGGGAUCACCGCGGCUCCCCAGUGGACCAGUUCUGAACGUGGCAUUGCUCUCGGAGGCCCUAGCGCGUUUGGAUUCACACAUAUUCCGUACAAGCCGCUUGGCAAGUACUCACAGCCUCGGUCUGUGAUCGAAGAGUACGCCCGUAAUAGUUGAGUUCUUGUAGGAUCAGGCAGCUGGAUCUGGGGUAGUAAAACCCCUGGGCCAUUCUGUUCCCCUUUGACUGGGCGGAGUCGCCUGCACAUUUCCGUUCUCGAUCAAGAUGUUACUAGGCAGAACUAUUAGUAUCCGUCCGUCGAAUGCGUGUACAGAAGAACUUUCAUCUGGAGAUACCUUUAUAUAUGGGAGUUGGGUAGCUAUUGUCAGGUUCUGGAAUUUUAGUUUCAAGUCCCAAUACCUAGGUAAACGUUCUGUUCUUGACCGAGAACGUUGUGCACGCGCGUAUCUGCCUG